UCGUGCCAAUCGAAGCUAGUCGAGCAUCACCGCCCUCCCUCUUUCUAUCCCUUCUGUCUUUUCUAUCUAAGCCUUCUGUUGCAUUUCUGUCAUUUUUCGACAUUUCACUGACUCCAUCCAGUGUAAAAGGCGCCUUUCUUUCACUCUCCACAUUUUCUCUUCGAGUGCAAAGCGUUUUUUUUUUUUAUUAUUAUUAUUAUUAUUCGGGGGGUGUUUGCUAGCCGCCCGAAACGCAACAGAAAAAAAAAAACAACAAGCAUCCAUGCAGCGUCGUCGCCUAUUUUGACCCUGCAUGCGUCACCAAUUUGACCCUGGUUUGCCUUUUACGCGCGCGUUGAUGUCCACGAAUAUCCUCGUGUUUUUCUAUCCGCGUUAGCAUUUCAGAAGGCGGCGAGCAUCUGUCUGGUGGACGGCGAGCUCCCAUGCUGCUUUGCACACCGCUGGAAAACAUCUCACCUUUCCAGGACGACCUUCCUCUUCCUCUCCCUCCUCUUUCUCACAAAGCACCCACGGCCUUACCCUAAAUCCAUUGUCACCCGGGCCGCCCUCGGAGCCCCCCUCAGAGCUUCCCUCAUUCUCCUGUCCGCCCCCCACCAUCCCGCCCAGCUGUGGCCCUCACAGGGCGCGACCGCUGGCGCUCACCUGGAAGGUCCUUGGCCUCAGGACGACUGCCAGCACCAAAACCUUUCCUACAUGAGGGACAAGGCCACACAGACCCCCAGGGCCUGGGCAGAUGAGAGAAGGAGAGGCUCUCAUAAGCGUUCGGCCUCCUGUGGGAGCACCGACCAGCUCAAGGAGAUUGCCAAGCUGCGUCAGCAACUCCAGCGCAGCAAGCGGAGCAGCCGCCAUCGGAGGGACAAAGAGCGCAAGUCGCCCUUCAAUGGCAGCCACACCAUCAUGUCUUCACAGGCUCCGUUGCCCAAGACUAUACUGAUUCCCAUUCCCAUAUCCAAGUCGUCCGCGCCUCGUUUCCGCAACAGCGUGGAGGGUCUCAACCAGGAGAUCGAACGAAUCAUCAUCCGGGACACCCCCGAAAAGGAAGAGACCAUUGUUCCACAGGAUGUGCCGGACGGGCACCGCGCGCCACCACCUGUCCCCCCGCGGCGCAGCAGCAGCACCCGCAGCAUUGACACACAGACACCUUCGGGUGGCGGCUUAAGUGGGAGCCACAGUAACAGCAGCAGCCGCCCUGACUCCAUCUCGCCCUCCUACCUCACAGUUCUCAAUGACGCAGUCGGCGGCGGCAGCCCCUUGGAGGACAAAGAGUUGGGGCCCUGCUCCCCGCUGCCAAAAUACGCCGCUUCUCCACGACCCAACAACAGCUACACGUUCAAGAGAGAACCUCCGGAGGGCUGCGAAAAAGUCAAAGUGUCUGAGGAGUCUCUGCCUAAAACCCAGCAGGAGGUCCCCCCCUUCCUGUGUCCCGACCGCAACAAAGUAAACUUCAUCCCCAACAGCGGCUCGGCCUUCUGCCUCGUCAGCAUCCUCAAGCCACUCUUGCCGGCCCCGGACCUUAAUUUUCGCCCCGGGGUGGGCCUGCGUAGUCUGUCCCCAUCGCUGGUGCCUCUGUCUACCCAGCCCUGCCUCCUGGAGGAGCCCGAGAGCUUCUGACGAGCACCUCCCAAAACGUGGAGAAAAGAAAGGCCUUCAGCAUGCUCGCUCUCUGAUGUCUUUGUUUGAACGAACGCUUCCCACUGCCUCGCCUCUGUACGACCCGUCUCAUUGCUGUCCAUUUGUUUUGUGUUGUUCUGUACAGAAAAGGGCAAACGCAUUUUUUUCACCUAUGAUACCAUGACGCCUUUCCGCAGACAUAUCUUUUUUUUUUUUUUGUAUCUAAUUCUUUCUAUAAAAUAUGCCUUCCACUACAAAAGGCCACGGUGCUGCCAGAUUGUAGCAAAACUUGAAGAGGUGGGGAAAAAAAUGUGCCUGAUAUUUUCAAGGACAGAACUCCCAUUUCCCAAAAGUGAUGUAGCGCCUCAACCUUUCUUCUUUAGUUGCAAAGGGCGGUGCCACAAAAAUUCAUACGUUUGUAUUCAAAGGCCAAAGCUAAAACAAACUUGCCAACUUUCCCUUUUUUUCAAUUUUUAUUUUGUUUGUGGCAGCUAAGCAGAGGAUAUAAAAAGUCUACACACCCUUGCAUCAUUUGCUGCCAUAGACGGCGAUAGAUAUCCUCUCCAUUUUAACUGGUAGUGAUGGCAGUGAGUGGUUACUGAGAUAUGAACAAAAAGAGUUUUCAUAGAGAAUACGUGAGGAAAAUGAAUUACCGACCCUUUGAAAUGGAGCAAAACGUUUGAACAUGGGUGUGUCGAUUUUUUUAUCUCCACUGUACCAGCUCUCAUCCGUCCAGCCAAAAUCUUGAGUUGAAUUCUCUCUCUUUGGUCCGCUCGUAACUUCCGAGCCCAAAGACGCCCACUCUGCGUUUCCAUAGUACAGAUGGCAGUGGUUACCAUGGCAACGGAGGGGGGAAAAACUAAAAAAAAAAAAACACCUUGACCUUCUCCAGACAAGACUCAUCUUCAGACACUUUCCCAUCAUUAGCAAAUGACUGCAGCUUCAAAAACAGCUGCAGAACAUGAAAAUGAUCCAAUUCAUAAUGUUCUUAAAACACUAUUUAUAAUGUGCCAUAGGAAUGUACUGGGAUGUAAAUAUAUGUCGCAUUGUAUCCGCUGACAGACUUAUCUGAUUUGAGUAAACAACAGAUAUACGGUUCAACCCCCUUAUCUAUUUGCGCGACUGAGUACUGUGAAUUACAUGUUAUCAUUCUUGUGAAUAGUAUUGUAUUUAUUUAUCAGACUGGAGUCAAAUGAAGACUAGACAACGGCAUCAUCCAUCUCAGGUUGUGGUGAAUGAAGUGCUAACCAAGCAAAAGCUGCAAUGAGUCAACAUUCAAAGAUGGGAAUGUGUAGCAGACAAAACGUACACUGAAAGAUUUUCAACAACCUGAUUUGGAUUUUUGUUCUUUUUGUACUACUUUUCCCCAUUUUUUUUUUAACUA